AUGAACGACCACCUUGUAAAAGAUGAUAGCAGUAAUUCCUUGUAUCUCAUGAGUGGAUUGCAGUCUACAAAGACGGGUGAUGAUGGUUCAACAGAUGGUCAUUGUGGGGGUUCAGAUGAGAGUAACACAACAUGCAGCGAUGAUGUAUCGCAAGAUUCUACAUGCGAUGACGACAUGCCUAAAAACGGCACGGAAGAAAAAGCCCAGGAAGAUGAGACAAAAACUGAAGAAGAAUUUGACCCAUGGUCCUUAGUUUCGGAGAUUGCAUCCACCCAGCCUAAAUGGUCCGAGUUAACGACAAGUGGGAAGGUGAAACGUGUUCUGAUUGGAUGGAUAUUGAAGCCAAUCCUGAUAUUCUUUUUUCUCUACUUCUUCAUCGUCGCCCUGGCCUUGAUGGGUGACGCCUUCACGCUGAUUGGUGGAUCGGCAGCUGGCGCGGCUCUGUCGGACAGUACAUUAUUGGACAACCCAAUCACGGGAUUAAUGAUUGGCAUGUUGGUUACGGUGCUACUCCAGAGUUCAAGCGCUACAACGUCCAUUAUUGUUUCCAUGGUAGCAGCCGAUUUGAUCCAAGUCGAGCAGGCCAUUCCAAUGGUAAUGGGAGCCAAUCUUGGCACAUCGGUUACCAACACAAUCGUUGCCGGGGGACAGGCUGGAGAUCGAGACACAUUCAGGUUAUCCUUCGCAGGGGCCACCGUCCACGACUGUUUUAACUGGCUGGCAGUUCUCGUAUUGCUUCCGUUUGAGCUAUUGACAGGUUAUCUUUAUCAUCUAACAACAGCUAUCGUUGAAGGUUCUGACCUCAAUUCGUUUGGGUCUGACGACAAGGUCAAAAUUACCGAUCCAAUUGUGGAUAAGAUUAUCCAGAUCAACAUGGACGUUUUAGAAGGAAUCGCUUUAGGAGAACUAGAACCCGGCGAAAAAAGCUUGGUAGAUAGAUGGUGUGAAUGGGAAGACGUGUACUACAACGAAACCUCUUUCUAUUCGGUCAAUGGCACAAAUUACACAGAGGUGGACGAAGUUUAUAACUAUACCGUAUACAUUGAGAGAUGUGACUUCCUGUUUGCCCACUGCGACCUGGCUGAUGAGGUUAUUGGGCUUAUUCUCUUGGUUGUGUCGCUGGCGCUUCUAAUGGGAUGUCUGAUCGGCAUCGUGAAAGUGCUAGGAUCAAUGCUGCGUGGCAGCGCCGCCAACGCCACUAAGAAGUUUUUGAAUGCCAAUUUCCCAGGAUACCUUUCGUGGUUGACCGGAUACAUCGCCAUAUUGAUUGGCGCUUUUUUCACAAUGUUACUGCAGAGCAGUUCUGUUUUCACGUCCAUGUUGACUCCGCUUGUUGGAAUGCGCGUUAUCACACUGGCCAGAAUGUAUCCCUUAACUCUAGGAGCGAAUAUCGGGACAACAUUCACCAGCUUACUCGCGGCAUUUGCAAGCUCCGAUUCACAAGAUUUCGAAGAAGGUGUCCAAAUAUCACUAUGCCACUUAUUCUUCAAUUUAACUGCAAUAGCGAUUUUUUAUCCUAUUCCUUUUAUGCGCCGGCCUCCCAUCGGAGGUGCCAAGUUUCUGGGUAAUACGACGGCCGUGUACAGGUGGUUUUCUUUAGCAUACCUGCUAAUUGUAUUCUUCUUAAUACCAGUUAUAGUGUUGAUGCUUUCAAUAGCUGGUUCUAUAUAUCUUGGCAUUUUCCUCAUCAUAUUUGGAUCAAUUACACUGAUUGUCAUUAUUAUCAAGAUCCUACAGGCCAAAUUCCCCAGAUGUCUACCUAAGUUUAUGCGUACAUGGGACUUUUUACCCAAAUGUUUGCGUUCUUUAGAACCAUACGAUACUCUGAUCAAGCAUUGCAUGGUAGGAUGUGGUAGAUGCAAAGAGAAAUGUAAGUGUGGGAAAGACAGUUCGGAGGAUAGCAACUGUGGUGAAACAGAUGACAUAGACAUGAAAGUGGUGGUCACGAAAUCGAAUGGCGACGUUGAACUUGGAGUAGAUAAUCCUACUUUGGAAGUCGAUGAUGAGCCUGAAAGGCAUACCACGGGUAAUGGUGUAAUGGUGAAGACAGAAUAG